AUGGGGAAUCAUGAUAAGGUCCGCGAAAGGUCACCGCGCCGGGACUAUGGCUCUCACAACAGACGGAGCUACGAUCGCGACAAUAAAACCAGCACGCGCUCACGCUCAAGAUCACCAGCGCAUGAACGAUCAAAAUUAUCAUCAUCACGACAUGAAGGACGUUUAUCUGAGCCAAGUCAUCGCCAUUCAUCAUCCAAACAUCAUGAUGGCCAUCACCAUCACCGCUCAUCCCACAAACAUCGGGAUCAUGCAAGUCGUAGAACAGAAGUCGCAGUCAGACUUCCGUUUGAUGCCCGACCUUUAUCAAAAGCAGACCUGACUGCCUUUGAACCGCUUCUUGGCGAGUAUCUCAGUGUCCAGAAGCAAAAGGACAUGACGCAAAUGGAUGACCGUGAGGUCAAGGGACGAUGGAAGAGUUUUAUUGGGAAAUGGAAUCGCAAUGAACUUGCAGAGGGAUGGUACGACCCUGAUACUUAUGCUCGUAUCACCGCGGAAAAUCCAGUGACAGCUCGACCGAGACGUGCUUCAGUGCCCAAGGAAGAAAAAGAGGAGCCCCUCAAGGAUACAGGGAACCAAGGUAGCGAAGAUGAGGAUGAUGACUAUGGACCUCCUCUUCCAGGAUCAGAUCGCGCACGACGUUCCGGCCCAGGCAUCCCCACGCUCCAAGAUUUAUCUUUACGUGCUGAGCUCGUCGAGGAAGAUAAACAAGCAUCCAUCGAAGACAUCCGCAACGCACGCAAAGCCGACAGGGCUUUACAGAAAGAACGACUCGAUGAGCUGGUUCCCCGUGCCGAAGCUGGAACGCGUGAGCGCAUGCUCGAAAAGAAAACAGCCGUUGCAGAUAAGAUGCGCUCGUUCCGUGACAAGAGCCCAGGCGCUAUGGAAGUUACUGACGAGAAGGAGCUCAUGGGUGGCGGCGAUUCACUAGACGAGUAUAAAAAGGCCAAAGAGAGAGAGCAGCGACGCAAAACGGAAAGGGAGAUUCGCAGAGAGGAGAUCGACAGAGCCAAGAGGGAGGAAAUGGAGGAGAAGAAGAGGGUCUACAUGGAGAGAGAGGAGGGUACUGUGAAAAAAGAGGUCAAGGCCCCAAGACCAGCUUCAUACAGCCUACGGAAUAUCUUAGCUACCUUCACCGGAUCGCCGGAAUCUUACUCCAAACCUCACAAUUUUGGUCUACACUCACUCACCAUUAAACUACCACCAUCGCUUAUCACAAUGUCUGGAGAAGUAGACUACGGCUUCGGCGACCUCAUGGACGACCCAGAGGAUUACUGCCCCCCUACGCCCCCGCCUACAUCUCAGGUUUUCACUAUGCAGAGCGGCAAGCCUAUAACUUUGCAUCUUGUCGGCGCCAGCCCUACUGAGGCUCAUCAUCUGUGGAACGGCGCAAAGAUGAUUUCUGAUUUCUUCGAGGAGGAUCCCUCACGGGUGAAGGACAAGACGGUUCUUGAACUCGGUGCUGCCGCUGGUCUUCCCAGUCUUGUCGCUGCUAUCCUGGGUGCGCGCAAGGUCGUCGUGACGGAUUAUCCGGACCCUGAUAUCAUCAGCACCAUGCAGAAGAAUGUUGACGAGUGUGACGAGACUGUCGAGCCUCGUGGCCGCAUCGCCAACACUGUCGAUGCCAUGGGCUUCGUUUGGGGCGCUGACUCGGUCCCACUGCUGGCUCGUCUGAACCCAACCCAUGAUUCUCACAAGGAACGUUUCGAUGCUCUUAUUCUAGCUGAUCUUCUAUUCCGACACAGCGAGCACGGAAACAUGGUCAAGACGAUCAAGGAGACACUCAAAGUCUCCCGUGAGAGCGUUGCCUACGUAUUCUUCACCUCUUACCGGCCAUGGAAGAAGGAACUCGACAUGGGCUUCUUUGAUAUUGCGCGCGAGCAAGGCUUCGAGGUGGAGCAGAUUGCUGAGCGAAAACUCGACAAGCCUUUGUUUGAGAACGACCCUGGUGAUUUGGAUGUUCAAAAGACUGUCAAGGGAUUUGCUGUGCGGUGGUCCGCCGAGGCGUGCAACUGA